CAACUCGAACCGCAACGGCAGACAUGGCAGCGCCGAGGUCGUUCUACCAGGGUGGUGGGGCUACUGUCGCCAACGCCAUGCUGGCAAACACUGUGGCGGAGAACAACCGCAUCGCAGACGCACAGGCCCAUGCCCAGCAGAUCCAACGCGCAGAGACAGAGACACUGUGGCGGUCAAAGCUUGAUGUGGGGCUGCAUGGGCGGACCCAGCGGGCUCAGGCAGCCAUGCGCGAAGACGAGGUGAGCCUUGCCCGGAAGGAGCUGCUCAUUCUGCGCAGGCGCGAGCUGAAAGAGCGCCUCGCCCGCGACGCUGCCGAACAGGAGGCUGCCCUGGCUCGCAACGGCCUCUCCAUUUACCACGGUGUUGACGGUCUCGAGUAGACCGGGCUGGUGAUGGUGCGCCGUGGGGCAGAUGCACGACCCCCCAGGCUGCGCGCUGUGCACACCUCAGGCGAUGAAGGGAAUGCCCGACGGGACGGUCUUCCGGAACUUGAUGUAGUCCUCGUGGAAGAACUCGAUGAGCUGCUCCUCCUCGUCAGGAAUGCGGUCUGCGAAAAAGAACCACGAGGCGACGGCAAAGCCGAUGAUGCACACCGGGUUGACGAGAACAACCUGGGUGGCGAUGGACCAGUAGAAGAAGCCGACGUACGAUGGGUGGCGGCAGAUCGAGUAAAUGCCUGAGGUGACCAAGA